AUGGAUUCCUUCCACGAAUGUCUUCAGGAAUAUGGCGAAGGUCUAGAAGUUGUACAAAUAUGCCUCGAACCAGAAGAAGCAUCUAUAAAAGAUGAUGAACUGUCAGCUUUAGGAGACAUCAGUCUUGAUGACUGCAAGAAAAUUGGAAAAGACCUCGUCAUAAAUGGUAAUACUGAGAUUAAAAUUAAUGGAGUCGCAGAGUUAAAGUUUUCUAAAUCAGAAGAGUCUUUAGAUGAUCAUGAUGAUGAUAUGACAAUAACUGAAGAUGACGUCCUGGUCGCGCCUAGAGAACUACAGGAUAUCAGAAGUAAAUCUGCUGACAGGAAAGAAGAAGGUGAAAGAUGUUUAUCUAAACAACAAAGCAAAGAUAUUUCUACAUCAGAUGAAAUGGUUUUUGCUGUCACACCGACGGGCUUAGAAAGAAUAAGUUUCGACAAAUAUUGGAAGGAAAGUGAUGUGAAAAUAGACACCGAAUUAAAUAAGGUAAAGAGCGAUGAAAGUUGGAAAGAGUGCCUCAAUUCCCCAAACGAAGAUACCGUUAGUUUCUACGAUGCAACCACAAGAAUUUCCGUCCAGGAAGAAAACAAUUCCCUUCUGUAUAUAGAUCAUGAAAUAGAUGGUUACGAAACGUGUCUGGACGAAGACUCGUCAUCACAGAAUUGCACAGUAAAAAACGGUCGUAAAAUGAACGGCGAUACUGACAUCAAAGCGUUCAGUAAACACGAUGAUAAAAUAGUAUUUAAAAACAAAGACAACGAUGUAAGUGCCAAAACAGUAAAGGAACAAAACACUGCCAAUGCGACGGGUGGCGACGACGUCUCGUACAGCCACCCGUAUGUCCACGAACAUAUAAUAAAGCAGAUGAAAUCAUUGAGAAUAGAACCAUUAAAUGUAAACAUUACUCAUAAAAAGAAGAAGAAAGAAAAAAGUCCUACGAAGCCGUCCAAACAAGAGAGGAUACAAUGCGUUGAAUAUUACAACGAUCAAGCUGAAUGCUUGAAAGAAAUAAGACAACAGAAGUUGGAAGAAGAGAAAAAGCACAAAGCGGAGCACAAACAAAAGGAAAAGAAACACACAGAUGAACACAAGCAUAAAGAACAUAAGCACAAAGAAGAAAAGUUGAAAGAAGAGAAGAGAAGUAAGGAUACGAGUUUGAUGGUUAUGGAUAAGAAGAUACAUUUGACACAGGAACCUAGUGAAGAGUCUACUGAUUUGGAGACGAACUAUGUUCCAGGGUGUCAUAAGUGCUUCUUAGAGAACUAUGCGUAUGCGAUAACUAAGGCUUACAUGGCUGAAGCGAACGCGUGUAAAUAUUGUGAAGUGAUAAGGGAGAUGUUAGAAGUGCCUAAGAACUCUAACCGGCGCGGGUCAGCCCCAGCACUGGUUAACCUGGACAGCUGUUCCGAGACUGAUGAUGAAGACCUUCUUAUGGUGCCUAUGGUGAAGGAUAGGAGGAAAUCGGCAGGGAUACUAAAGUUCCCUAAUGCUGCAAGAAGACCUAGCUACGCCCCACCGACGAUGACGGUGACGGUAUCAUCAGACAGGCGGUCGGACGCGCUGGCUGCACAGCGGUGGGGCUCGCCGCGACAGGUCACGCUCAAGCGGAGCCCUGGAGCUCCGUUAGGCGUUAGCAUUGUUGGUGGCAAGGUUGACAUAAUCUCGAAUCGUGAUGGUGAAGAAGGUGAAGAGAAGGCCAUAUUUGGGAUCUUCAUCAAAAACGUGGUGCCUGGCAGUCCAGCAGGGAACUGUGGGGAGCUACAAACAGGCGACAGGAUUCUUGAAGUGGAUGGAGUAUGUGUGAGGUCGGCUCAGCAUGAUCGCGCUGUGCAGCUCAUCAAGGCAGCCGGGGACACUGUCACACUUACUGUGCAGAGUCUACUUGCAUGGAAUACAGACUCUUCUGACGUGGAACAGUCAACUCCACCCACAUCUCCAACCCCUUCAAAGAAGGACGGAAAGAAAUCCCCAGCACCCUCACUGCUGCAGAAAACUCCACAGCAUGAAAUUAAGAUAACAGUAACAUCGGAAGCUGACGUAGAAAAAGAAGCGACUGACAUUGAGAAGACCGAUGAUAGUGAUCCUGCACCUGCACCAGCUAAGGUGGUCUACUCGGACUCGGAGAGCAGUGACGAAGAAGACGAGAGAGAGCUACAGGGCAGGACUUAUUCUGAAAAGGGAGUUGAGAUCGAUCGAGCGUCAGCGGGAGCAGUGAAGCGCAGUAAAGAAGAGAAGGAAGCUGAUCCAGAAGAAGAAGAUGACUUUGGAUACACAACAAGUUGA